CCGUCAGAAUCCAAACCCGUGACUAUCAUGGGACUCAAGACCAGGAAAAAAAUAAAUAAAAAAGAUUAAGAGCCAGAGAGGCAAUCUUCGCACACACAGCCAGCCAGCAGACGGGGGAUUGUCUCAUUCCGGGAGGUGUCCUGAACCCUGACCCUACAAGAUGCCAAAAGAAAACACUCACUUCAUCUAUGGUUACUCCAAGAAGGGGCACCGCCAUGUGUACAUCACAGCUGAAGAGGCCGCGGGGAUUGGCAUCCUGACAGUGAUCCUGGGAAUUUUACUGCUCAUCGGCUGCUGGUACUGCAGAAGACGAAGUGGAUACAGAACCUUGACGGAUAAAAGCCUUCAUGUUGGUAAACAAAGCACCUUAACAAGACAAUGCCCACAUGAAGGGCUUGGUCAUCAGGACAGCAAACUGUCUUUUCAAGAGAAAAAUUGUGAACCUGUGGCUCCCAACGCUCCGCCUGCCUAUGAAAAACUCUCUGCAGAACAGUCACCACCACCUUAUUCACCUUAAGAGCCAGCAAGACACCUGAGAAAUGCUGGAAUGAUUUCCCUCAUGCUUUUGCUUGAAUUUAAUGCCUAAUGUUCUGCUUUGAAUGCUGUAGGAACAAUGUAUAUCCUCUCUAAUAAAAAGCCAACGUUAAAUUCUUACUAGGGCAACGAGAAGUACUAAUCAAGUGAGGAAAUGAUGAGAAAUAUUAAAAUGGGAAAAACUCUGUCAAUAAAUGUUACAAUGCAUGAUCCUA